AUGAAUAUCGAGCUCAAUGACACAUCUCCUGCAACUGUCGACAAGACAAACUCUUCCAACAACUUUCUAGAUGCACACAAUGAUGUACUCUCUGGAAGUUCUCUCGAUAUCCACCACCAUCCAAAUUCUCCAACUUUUGCUGACCACCAACCAACUUCUCCUUCCUCACCUCCAUCUGGCGUUAAAUACAGAGAAGAUUUCACCAUCGAUAUAGAAGCUGCCAAGCAAUCUGCCUCCAAGUCUACAACCUCCAGAUCAAAGACAGUUUCGUCUUUGAAGAGUAGGGAUUCAGAUAUAAUUUUUACUAUUCAUACAU